GCACGUACGAACGCGCACUUUCACACACACACACACACACAGCACAUGCUUAGAAAUUACAACCAUCAUCAUCAUUAUCAUAACUUUUGCAGAACUCUUGUCUUCUUCCUCUAUGGUGGUGUUUUGUCGACGUUGUCGUCUUCGUCGUCGUCGUAGUAGUAGUAGUAGUAGUAGUAGUCGUGGCAACCGUUGUAAGUUGCAAUUGUUGCUAUUGUUGUUAUUGCACAAAGUAAACAUGGUUAGCAAGGGUGGGUUGUUGAAUAAAAGUUAAAGCAACACAUCUUCCGCGUAGCUUUUAUAUACCCACACACACGCUACGCGCGCGCGCACACACACACACACACACACACACACUCGCGCGCGCGCGCAUACACACGACUGUUUGCCUAUCUAUGAGAAGUGAAAGAGAUAGUGACAGAGCAAGAAGAGGGUAAGAAAAUAAGAUAGAAGAGACAGGAAAUAAUGCAAAAGAAAGAAGUGUUAAAAGCGACUAAAACACAAGUAUUACCAUCACUAUCGACAACAUCAUUAUAACCACUAACACCAUCAUAACCACUAUCAUCGUCAUAGGUUGGACAAGGAGUACUGAUAUGAUAAAGUCACAUACUGGGAAGAAGUUGGAAUGCUAAAUAUAUUCAGAAAAAACGUAAAACUAUGUUAUGUGCUGUAAAUGGAUGUUUUAGAGUUGUGGAAACUAAAAUAUGUAACUUAAAACCACAAAGAAUCGUUUUAAGUAGAAUAGAAAACCUUGCAGGAGGCAACAAACACAUCUACAACUAUGGAGAUAUGUCAGAUGUGGCUACAGUAGUAUGUGGAGCUCAAAAUGAACCAAUAUGGAGAUUAACUUACCAAUCUUUAAGAAACCAAAGAUAGAAGACAAUGGGGAAUCAAUUUCCAGCAGUGAAACAACUGUGCCGGACCAGACCAAGAAAUAUGUGACCCAAGUAUUCCUAAUUCCUCCAGUAAACCAGUAUAAACCACACAAAACUCGGCGAACACGAUUAAAAUACAGCCUGGGACCUGACCGUUCUUCAUCCGGUUCUUGUGGCAGUGGCAUCACACAGUCUGCAUUUGUUGGAAAAACCGAUAAUUGUGAGAAGGAAUCAAAAAAGUCACAGAAUGAUGGAAUAAUAUCUGAAAAUGAAGUUUCGCUCUCCAGUUCAAUGUUUAGUUCUGAAGAGAAGUGCUAUGACAACUUAUCUGACCAGGGAUAUUUACCGAUAUCUGAAGGAGCAUGCUCACUUUUAUCAGAGAAGGAAUCUGGGAAUGAAUCUGGAUAUAGUUCUCAUAGCGCUGGCUAUAUAAAAGAUUUGCCUAUGGACAAAAGAAUAGAAAAUUUGUCCAAUGCAAAUGACCCUCUGGUUGACAUAAACAGUGUUGAGAGCAAACAGAGUAAUUUAUCAGAGUCAAGUAGUGGCCCUUCAGACAAGAGAAUGCGAUUUUUGCGAACUGCUAGUGCCCUGCAACGGUCAGGGCUGAUGGAUAUAACAAUGAAGACUGCUGAUAUCUUGAAACAGAAUCGGAUAGUGAACAAAGAAAUAGAAAGAUUACACCAGGACACACUCAAAUUUUUACAUAGUGUCAUCAAUAACCCUGAGAAUAAAACCUUCCAAGACACAAUUACAAGGAACUGCGACAAACAUUCUUGAGUAAAGCAUGUGUAUUUCUGAAUCUUUUCUAUCAGACACUCAUGUUAAUUUUGUUUCCACAUUUACUACAGACACAAAAAUUAAUUCACUGUCAUCAUCAUCACCAUCAUCAUUAUCACCAUCAUCAUUAUCAUCUCUGUUACUAGUAAUUAAAUACUUCUCUACUAUUCAGAUUUUGUCAAUUCAUAAAAAUUUUCAUUUAAUCAUAUAUUUAUAUCAGUUUUCUUUCUCUCUUUUUUGUUUUUGUUUGAUGAAGAAGGUUUGUCUGAAAUAUUGAUUUUUCUUCUUCUUUUCUUCAUUCCAUCAAUCAGUAUUUAUUUUAUUUUAGUUUUUACUGCUGUAUAUCAUAUAUCAUCUUAUUUAUUUCCUCUUUCCACCCUUUGUCUCAUUCACCUCAAUACUCUCAAGUGUUAGAUGUUAGAGAGAAUAUUACUAGUCAAACUUUCUUUAUUAUAAAUCAUUGUUACUGAUGAAAAGAAUUCAAUGAGAAUGGGUUUGAAGUUCUAAUAUUUUAAGAUUGCCAUCUAGUGUUUGCCUCACUGACAAAUUCAAGAUGGUUUACCUGUUAUAUAGUUCACCUGUGCAAAAUUCUACUAUAUCACAAUACCUCAAUACAACCAAUUUGUCGUUCACAGUAGAAUUAUUAAAAAGACUUUCAGCUUUAUUCUCACUUAUUAGAAUGGAAAUAAUAAACAAAUUAUUUUCAUUUUCAGAAAAGAAAAAAAAAUGAAAAAGAAGACACAGGGGAAACAAAUCCAAUAGAUGUGACAUCUUAAAGUCAUUACUGCUUUAGGAGACAUCUUAGAAGUGUGUUGGUCACACAGUUUAUAUAAAACCACACAUCUGUAUUUAUUAUGGUCAAGUUCCUUCUCUUCGAUAUUGAAUUAAUUAAAUUUACUUCCUUCUCAUCAAAUGUGAAUCAAUCUUUUCUUUAGUUCCAUUCAGUUUAACCAUAAAGUAAGACUAGUCUCGCUCUGUGAUUGCUGCAGUUUAAUAUUCUCUGUACAAACCCAAUAACAAAAUUAGAUUCAUGAAUUGAG